GUGAUUGUAUAAAAAUAGACAAAUAGUUUGGUUACACCACACAUUACACAAACACAACCAUUGUCUUCAAAUAAUAUCCUCCUCUCAACUCCCUCCCCUUCUCUCUCCGCGCCAUUCAAUUUUCGUCCACUCCGUCACCGUCACCGUCAUCGUCCACCGGACCAAACCAUCAACAUUGAUUCAAACAAACCCCUUCAACCUCAAAUGAAAGGUCGCCGGAAAAUCUCCAUAAGUUUGAUGAAAGGAGAAAGCUGGAAGAAAUCUUUAAAAAGCCCAGAUAAGGAAUCCGAAUGUAAUGAAACUAGUGAUGAUCAAUCGUCUCCACGUGGUGUGUUGGAAGUUUCUGGGUCGUGUUCAGAUUCCGAUAAGUCUCAGGCGAACGGCGACGGCGAUGGGGCGACGUGGAGGAAUUUGAUCGAUAAUUUGAAAAGGAAAUCGUUUAGGAGGUUUUCAAUGGGGCCGUUGGUGGCGGGAUAUGAGCUUUCACGGAAGGGGUUUGUGAAGAAAUUGGGACGGAAUAAUAGCUCCGACGCGGCGGUUAACGACUAUUAUAUGCCGAAACCGUCGUGGCGGAAUUUCACGUUUCAUGAACUCGCGGUGGCUACUGGUGGCUUUUCUCCCGACAACUUGCUCGGAAAAGGCGGGCACGCGGAAGUGUACAAAGGAUGCUUACCCGACGGUCAAAUCGUGGCAGUUAAGAAGAUAACAAAGAAAGAGAAAAAAGACGAAGAUAGGGUUGGGGAUUUCUUAACCGAGCUUGGGAUCAUUGCGCAUAUCAACCAUCCAAAUGCUGCUAAGUUGAUCGGCUUCAGUUCCGAUAAUGAUUUGCACCUUGUGUUACAAUUCGCGCCUCAUGGUAGCCUUGCAAGUGUAUUACAUGCUUCAGAAGAGAACUUAGAUUGGAAUACAAGGUUUAAGAUUGCUAUUGGGAUUGCAGAAGGUUUGAAGUAUCUCCAUUACGAAUGUAACAAACGUAUAAUUCAUCGCGAUAUCACUGCCUCGAACAUUUUACUUGUCGAUGAUUAUGAACCUCAAAUAUCGGAUUUCGGUCUAGCAAAAUGGCUCCCCGAAAGGUGGGCUCAACAAGUAGUCUCGCCUGUUGAGGGGACUUUCGGAUAUAUGGCUCCAGAGUAUUUCAUGCAUGGAGUAAUCGAUGAAAAAACCGACAUUUUUGCUUUCGGCGUUCUUCUACUCGAGCUUAUCACAGGUCGUUGUGCGGUUGAUUCACGUCGACAAAGCCUUGUAAUAUGGGCAAAACCAUUACUUGAGCAAGGUGAUGUCGAGGAACUUGUCGAUCCACGACUAGGAAGUGCAUAUGAAGUUAAUGAGCUAAAACGGGCCGUUAUGGUUGCUUCUGCGUGUAUUCAUCACAUGCCCGAGAUGCGCCCACAUAUGAAACGAGUGGUUCAACUACUAACAGGAGAAGGUGGGACCAUGGAAUUGAGACAAAAUACGUUUGAUGGGAGAUCGAUCAUUUUAGAUGCUUGUGAUUUGGAGGGGUAUACGUCUACAACGUAUCUACAAGAUCUCAAUCGUCAUAGACAACUAAUUAUGGAAUGACAAAUAGAGCAAGAAGACGGGUACUCAUUUGUUCUUUGGUUCACAAAAUACCGAUGGUUGGCAUCAAAGAUGUCAUAUCACAACUACGCAUUACCAAAUACACGCUUUCGCCAAUGUUCUUAUGAAAUUCAUGAAAUUUCCUCCAUUUUCCUUUUCGUUUCUCUUCGAACGAGUGUUCGUUCGGGUUGAUUUAGGCGUAGCUUGAAGCUACAGAGGGUUGUAAAUCAUAUAUUUAAAAUAUAUGAUGUAUAAUUUGUAUUUAUCGGACCAUGUUACAGAAAUAGUUGGAAGCUAAGGAUAAACGUGUGCAAAUUUUAUCGUAUUAGGGUCUA